CAAAAACGACGGCUCUGUCUGGCUCCUCCGCUAGUCAUUUCCUGCUUCUGGCAUCUGAUUUCUUGCCCACUUCCCAGGCCUUCCACGGAGAGGCAAGCUAGAGCUGAGUGGGAAGCCGUGACUCUCACAGCCGGCUUUUCCUGCUUUGUAGAUUUUUCCAGAGGCAGUUCAUGGGAACAGCCCCCUGACCUUCCAGCGAAGCUAUGAUAAGCAGGCCCCUUGUCUGGAGACCCGCAGAUGAGCUGGGUGACUCUGAAAGAGAUGAGUUAAGCAAUGUCGUCCCUGGGGCCCACAGCCCAGCUCCGGAUGUGAGGCUCUGGCAGACGCUGGCCUCCAUAGCUACAGUCAUGGCCAACAGGACCAACGCCUCCGUCCCGUACACCAGCUAUGAAUAUUACCUGGAUUACUUAGACCUCAUUCCUGUGGAUGAAAAGAAGUUGAAAGCCAACAAGCAUUCCAUCGUCAUCGCCUUUUGGGUGAGCCUGGCAACUUUCGUGGUGCUCCUCUUCCUGAUUCUGCUCUACAUGUCCUGGUCAGGCUCCCCGCAGAUGAGACACAGCCCCCAGCCCCACCGGAUAUGCCCAUGGAGUCACAGCCUCAACCUCCCCUUCUGUCUCCGGAGGGCCUCCCCGCAGACAACAGGGGAACCAGGAAGUAGAACGGGCUCUGAGCAAUGGUUACAGCAGCAGAGUCGCACCUCUGCCUCGCCCCUGGAACCAGGCUUGGGAUGGGGCUUCCCAGGGCAUCAGCUGACCUCAGGAACAAGCAAGGGGGUGUAGUGGUGAGCCUGGAGACAGAACUUCUCAGCUGUGGAACUGACAAACUUGAUACACUCAAAUCAACAUGGACCAUUUACAAUGUAGUUCUAAGAACCUGACCAGGUCACAGCCAAGUCUACAGGGAGGACCUUCACACACGUUCACAGUCCAGGGAGGACCUUCACACACGUUCACAGUCCGGGGAGGACCAUCACACACGUUCACAGUCCGGGGAGGACCAUCACACAGGUUCACAGUCCGGGGAGGACCAUCACACAGGUUCACAGUCCGGGGAGGACCAUCACACACGUUCACAGUCUGGGGAGGACCAUCACACACGUUCACAGUCCGGGGAGGACCAUCACACAGGUUCACAGUCCAAGGAGGACCAUCACACACGUUCACAGUCCGGGGAGGACCAUCACACACAUUCACAAUCCGGGGAGGACCAUCACACACGUUCACAGUCCGGGGAGGACCAUCACACAGGUUCACAGUCCGGGGAGGACCAUCACACACGUUCACAGUCCAAGGAGGACCAUCACACACGUUCACAGUCCGGGGAGGACCAUCACACACGUUCACAGUCUGGGGAGGACCAUCACACACGUUCACAGUCCGGGGAGGACCAUCACACAGGUUCACAGUCCGGGGAGGACCAUCACACACGUUCACAGUCCGGGGAGGACCAUCACACAUUCACAGUCCUGGGAGGACCAUCACACAGGUUCACAGUCCAAGGAGGACCAUCACACAUGUUCACAGUCCGGGGAGGACCAUCACACACGUUCACAGUCCGGGGAGGCCAUCACACACGUUCACAGUCCGGGGAGGACCAUCACACACGUUCACAGUCCGGGGAGGACUAUCACACACAUUCACAGUCCAAGGAGGACCAUCACACACGUUCACAGUCCGGCUACCAUGCAGAAGCUGCCCCGACAUAGCUGAUUCUGUUGACUAUGUUAAUCUGCUUGCUGCUUGCAUUUGCUUUGGGAUGCGUAGGAAAAUAAAACAUGAACCAGGAUAAAGAGUA